AUGGAUAAAGCAACAGCGGCAGCAUGGGUUCAAAAAUUGGAAGCGGAGCCCCGUUCAGAAGAGGAAAAAAGUCUUCGGUUAGAUUAUUUAAAACUUUUGUUAUUCGUAUUACAAAGAGGUCGGUUAAGUGGAAUUUUUAAGAAACAACCACCGGCAGGACCGUUGGAACCUUUUCCUCAAGGUUUUAACAUAAUGGAAAUGGGAAAUUUAAUGAUCGAUCAAGAUGAUGCUCACGGUUGCGCUUCGUACACGAUUGAAAUAUCAAACGAUUUGAGAGAAUUUAUUGCCGCACAAGAAAUACCAAAUUUUGGAGUUCAAAUGUAUUACGCUUGGUCACCGGAUGAACCUGUGAACAAAUGGACAUUGUUUGACGAAGAAAAAUUUCCUCAGUAUGUUUUAGAUAAAAUCAAGAUGUUGAAAGAAAUCAAAUCAGAUGAUAAAACCGGAAAUAGAAAAAUUAAAAAUAUUUGCGAUAUACCGCUAUUGGAAAAAUUGGCAAAAACAAAAGUUAAAAGCCCACAAGAAAUAGAAAAAUCUCAAGAAAGAAGUUAUCAAACCUAUGUUGGAACGGUCGAGCGAGGAGGGAUUAGAUUUAAAAAUGCAUGCGAUGAUGAUCCUAAUGGUCCAUUUCAAAGAAGAGGUGGUGCACAAUCGCAAACAAAAGAUUGUGCGAUUGCGCGGGAAAUCUUGGGCGAUAGUAACAUGGAAGAAUGUUCUACUUUUAUCGGUCAUAUAUAUCGUAACGUCGACUCUCGCCAAAGAGAACCCGCGGCAGGGUGUGCACAACCAGAAACAAGGAGUGCGGGACCAUCUACAAGAACUGCAGCACCUUCGCCAAGAUUUCCAGGACCUUCGCAAAGAAAUACAGGACCUACACCGAGAGCGACAAUGCCUGUAGGAAGAAGUGUUCCAUCUGGAUCAAGACCUACAGCGCCUGCAUGUAGACUUACAACUCCUGUAGCACGAAGUGCAGGGCCUGCACCAAGAAGUGCAAGGCCCGAAUGCACAACGGGAUCAACAAGACAAUGUAUGCGUCAAGAUUUAAGUGCGAAUGCCACAUACGGAGGAUCGUCAAUAAACGAUGUUAGUCUCGAUAGUGGUUUCGGUGGUGAUAUUCCCGAUUCACCAUUUCAGCCGGGAAAUAUAAGCGGGGCAUCUUGUCCAAAUGCGUCCACUUGUCCUUGUCCAUGUCCUCGAGGAAAUCGAAUGCCGAUGAUAUCAACUCCAGGUAAAAAAGGAAUUUAUAAAGACAAUGUUAGUUUUGGUUCCUUAUCUCCCAUUACCGCAGGAGGUAGUCCAAAUCCAGCAAAUUUAAAUCUCAAUAUAGGCAGAUUAUCUGGUUUAACAGACGAAUCGUGCGAUGAUCAAAAUCCUGAACUUGAGGCAUGUGCAGCUCAAAAUCAACCUGCAUGUAAUGCUAAUUGUAAUGGGCCAGAAGAACUUCAGGAAGUUUGUCCAGGAGAUGCUCAGGAUGUUUGUGCAGAUCCGGAAAAUUGUAUUGAAAUUCAAGAAGUUUGCAUUGAUCCAUCGAAUAUUUGUCAACAGUCUCAGGGAAUACGUGAAGAGCCUCAAGAUGAAUGCAUGGAGGGUCAGGACAAUUGUUUAGAACUUCAGGAAGUUCAUGUCGAGCAAACGAAUGAUUGUAAUCCACCCAAUGCCAACUAUGAUUACUUCGAUCAGGGUGGACCUAACGAUAUUUAUGAAGGUUGUGCCAAUUCUGAACCAAACGAUCCUUGCGAACGGAACCUUCGAACCGAAAAUUAUGCUAAUUAUUUUUCUCUGAGUGCACCACAAAUGCGAUUUAAUACACUUGGUGGUGAUGAUGGUGCGGGAGAACAAUGUUUCCAAGGACCACAUUCAAUUCCAAGGUCCGAAGGGAUGCAAAACGGAAACGUGUCUUGCCCUCAAGCAAAUGAAAACCAACCACAAUCUCCAAGGAAUCCCGUAAGAGAAAAAUAUAAUUUGCACAUGCCUGGAAUAAAAUUUUCCCACCUAAAUUCUAUUAAACCUAUUGGUGGUUGA